AUGGUAGGACACAUGCCAAACAGUCCAUUAUCCCUCCAAGAAGCCACGGGUAAAGGACCCCGACGGAGAAAUGGGCCUGACGACGACGUGUACGCUGAUGAUUCCGCCCUUACACAGACCUCUGGAGGGACAAGUGAUGAAUCUAAGGAGAUCUUUGACCUGGUGCGAGCAGGGAAAGUUGAGGCGAUCGAAACUCUUGUUGAAAACAAUAGGAACUCCAGUAUCCUCAGUGCCAGAGAUGAAUGGGGGUAUACACCAGCCCAUUGGGCUGCACUGGAUGGAAAUUUGGAGGUGAUGCGUUACCUGGUAGAAAGAAAUGGGCCAGUUGAUCUUUCUUGCCUAGGAACGCAAGGUCCUCGACCUAUCCACUGGGCAUGCCGCAAAGGGCACAGCGCAAUAGUCCAAACUUUGUUGAAGGCUGGAGUCGCUGUGAACGCAGCCGACUUUAAAGGAUUGACUCCAUUAAUGACGGCUUGCAUGUUUGGAAAAGCAGCAACUGCAGCAUUCCUUCUAGGGUCAGGGGCUCAGUGUCACCUGACUGAUAUCAAUGGGGACACUGCUCUUCACUGGGCAGCUUACAAAGGCCACCCUGAGCUAAUCAGGCUCUUGAUGUACAGCGGCGUCGACCUGCAGAAGCCUGACUACUUCGGUUCGACGCCUCUGCACCUCGCAUGUCUAUCCGGUAACGUUAACUGCGCAAGGAUACUAUGCGAGAAGAGCAAGAUCGAACUUGAACCGCGUGACAAAAAUGGAAAAACACCAUUACAGCUUGCUCGAGCCCACAGGCAUGCCGAUAUUGUUGGGAUUCUUCAGGCUGAACAAAAGCGAAGAUCCCGAUGGAUCCCACCAAUGAAUGAACUAUGGGCAUUACUGUUUGGAGGUGCAGGGAACAGCAAAGGCCCUCUUCUUCUUUUCAUGGCAUCUGUUCUACUCUGGGGAUACCCGAUGUACAUGUUCAAGUGCAUUCCUCUCACUUGGGAUAUACUAAGAGUCACCCACUACUGUUUUAUAUACUGGAAUAUUGUUAUGUGGAUAUCAUGGAUAGUGGCUAAUCGUCAUGAUCCUGGAUAUGUACCCCGAAACAGUGAGGCUUACUACAGAGCCAUAAAGCAGAUUCCCUACUUCGACAAAUGGAAGAAGAGGAACGUGAUACUAUCUCGUCUUUGUCACAGCUGUAAGUGCUUCAGACCAUUGAGGGCAAAGCACUGUCGUCUCUGCAACAGAUGCGUCACUUACUUCGAUCAUCAUUGUCCAUUUAUCUACAACUGCGUUGGUCUUAGAAAUAGGAUGUGGUUCUUCCACUUCGUACUGAGCAUUGCUGUCAAUUGCUCUUUCACUCUCUACUUUGCCUGCUACUGCAUCGCAAUCGAGGGAAUCCAAUUGCUCUAUGUCCUGGGUCUCGUUGAAGCGUUUGUUUUCUGCGGGCUUGGAUGGAUUUUGACGUGCACUUCCGUGUUGCACGCUUGCAUGAACCUCACGACAAACGAGAUGUUCAAUUACAAGAGGUACUCUUACCUCAGGGACAAACGUGGACGUUAUUUGAAUCCGUUCAGCAGAGGGCCCAUCCUCAAUCUCGUGGAAUUCAUCCUUUGUCCUCCUGACUAUUUUGCCGAUGAUCCCCAGCACUAUAACAUUUUAAACGAGGAUAUAGGCACAUGAUUUCAAUUCUAACUCCCAUUAAGCUUUCCUAAAAUGUAAUAUCACAAAUUCAAUUGAAAUUUAUCAGAUCACUGGAUCUCCUUGAUUCUAAAAUACCGGGAACUCAAUGAACAACACUAUCCUAUGAACAUAGAUGAAUUUUAAUCUUUAAAGAUUUUCAGUUUGGCAGAGAUAAUAAAGAAACCAAACAAAGAACACGUAUUUUGUCAUUGCAAUGAGAUUUCAUGGGAUGUAUAAUAUCUUGAGUAUAUCCCUUUUUCUGUGAACUGCAAUGAAAUAUACCGCACUGUUUAGAAAUAUAAAUACAGGGAGAUCGACAUUAUUUAAGAAUACAUAUGCAUUCUUUUCACAACUCUGCAGCCAUUAUAAACGAAAGUGCACUUUUCAUUCGCCACUUUUGCACAAUCGAAAAAGUUACAAAUUGCCAUCCACUUGUGCAACGAUCAUGAUGUAACAAUUCAUAUUAAGCAUUGCUAUUAAAUAUACGCUCCAAAACUGCUGUAUAAAUUAUUUAUUUUAUCCAAAAAGAUCGUUUCGUUAUUACAAAAUAGUGAUAAAAAUCUAACGCACCACUAGUGCGUAGUCAUUGACAAGUUAAAAAAAAUGGCACUCUAAAUAUUAAUUCAGUAGUGGAUGCUAUGUAAGAAUGAACAACGCUAAAAACGGUAUAUUCGUUCACUGUAAAAAUAUUGCCAUUAGUUGUAAAAAUAAAGAUUUCUGAAUAGAGAUUCAAUAAGUUAUUAUAGAUCGGAUUUUCUGAUUACUUGUAAAGGAAGUAUCAGAAGAAAAAUUAAUAAAAUAGUAUAACGUCAGAGAAUAUCUUUGGCAAAUUUUGUUACGCCCUUCCGCAAUUGAGAAUUGCCUAAUGUGGUUAUUUCGUCUUCAUAAAUUCUGUAAAAACUAUGCUAAUAGUAAUACUUUUCAUUCACAUGCAAUUGCUAAUCAGUAAUUAACCUAUUGUUUUUUUUUUUUUUUUUUUAUGAACGAG